GCCGCGCGCACGCGCCGAUCCACGUCCCGCGGCCGCGACACUCGUCUCUUCUGCAGAGCGAUGUGCUCCAAAGUCAGCCACAUACAGACGGACGCCUGUCUCAUCCGGUGAUGCUGCACUCGGAUCUUACAAACCUACUCAUUCCCUUCACCACGAUAACGAUCGUCUUCCGUGCAGAUGGAGACCAUUAUGACGACCACUAAGCACGAAUAUCACUUCGAAGGCGAGGCGGAUUGCGGCGCGGAGGGCGCGGGCGGCGGCGAGGCAGAGAGCCCGCCCCCCCUGCCGGCGUUCGGCUACGCCCACCAGGGCGGGCUGUCGCCGUCCCACUCGCGCAGCUACCAGGAGCUGCGGCCGGCGGCACACGCGCGCGACAUGCAGACCUACCCGCACCUCGAGGAGACGCUGUUCAAGCCGGCGGGCACGCCGGCCUCCACCGACGGCGGCAGCGUGCUCAUCUUCCGCCGCAGCCCCGAGAUGAGCCCGUCGCCGGAGCGCCGCGACGACUACCGCUCCGUGCACCCUUACGAGGCCUACACGCCGGGCCCGCCGCCCGCCUACGCCCACGAUCACCAUCAUCACGUCGACGGAGGCGGCGGUGGCAGCGGCGUGUACGCCCGCUGUGCGUAUCCCGGCAGCGCGCCCUACUUCGGCAACGGCGCCGACCUCUCGUCGCAGCCGCAGAUUUGGACCUCUAGUGCAGGCGGAUCGCCGUCGUACGGCGGGUCGAGUGGCAGCGCGCCGGGCGCGGUCCUGGAGGAGUACGGCGACGGUGCCGGCUCGGGCUCCGGAGGCGCCGGCGGCUCGCCCGGCAGUGGCGGCGCGUUACCCGCCUUUAACACCCGCUUCGGUGGGACGCCCUUCGCUUGUGCCACCUCGCGCCCUUCCACAGUCUACGGGACCACAGCUUUGUCUUCUAACGCCUAUGUGCCCCAGGAAGUAUGGUUAGAAGGCAGUCGCCGACAGUACUCUGCCGCCGCCAAUCUGUCAGCAAUCGAGAUGGCGGAGAUAUUCACGGAGGGGCGCGAGUGCGUGAACUGCGGCGCCAUCGACACGCCGCUGUGGCGGCGCGACGGCACCGGCCACUACUUGUGCAACGCGUGCGGCCUCUACAACAAGAUGAACGGCAUGAACCGGCCGCCCAAGCAGCCCCGCCGGCUGGUACGUCAGCGGCACGCGGCGCACGCCGUGCCCGCGCCCGCCAACGACAUGGGAACGAAGAGGCCUGGCCUAUCGUGCAGCAACUGCCACACGACCAUGACGUCCCUGUGGCGCCGGAACGCGCACGGGGAGACCGUCUGCAACGCCUGCGGCCUCUAUUACAAGCUACACAACAUCAACCGCCCUAUGGCCAUGAAGAAAGACUCCAUACAGACGAGAAAGCGAAAGCCUAAGAACAGCCUGAAAGCGGAGCGCAGCUUGAAAAAUUUAACCCAACACUCGCAUUCCACUGCUGUCAAAAUGGAAAAUCUCUUGGACGCGGGGGCAACGGCGGCGUCGACCGUGGGCGAGAGCAGUCGGGGGCUGUCACUGGGCUACUACGUGCAGCAGCAGCUGAAACGAGAGGAGCCGCCGCCGGCGCACGGCGGCGCGCUAGUGCACCACGCGCACGCGCCCGCGCUCCUCCACCACGUGCACGCGCAGCAACUCUACGAGGACGAGUUCCGACGCGCACCCGAGACCGCUGAUCGCCUAGAACGCCCCACCGUCGUCUCCAUCGGCAGCUGAGCUCGUCCUCUGAGAAUCCUGACACCUCCGACGAGUCGCUCGAGGCGAACCUUUCGAGGGACGCGAUGACGACUACGGAUAUCUAUCAAUGGUGCGCGUGAUCGUUCAAAUAAAGAAUGAGUUUCGGUGACUUUGGUUAAAAAACCUACCUAGUAUGUGCUAAACUCAAAUCAGGGUACAAAAGUAUAAUGUCAUAAAUAUUUGCUGUUGUUAUACGUAUAAGUAGCGAUUCAUUAAUAUGUCAUCAACGUGACACUACGGCGGAACAAACUGGAGUUAGCUAGGAAAACUCACCGACUCCUUGCGUAAAAUAAUAUAUUUUAAACGUUGAGAAUAAUAAUAUAGAAUCUCACUUAGUUAAGCAAGUACUUUAUUUAGUAAAGUAGGGUAGGUUAGGAAUGUGAGCGAGUUCGACCAAAGAGUCGUAUUAGCUAGUUGACCAAAUAUUCAAUGUGUACAGUCGGAUAUUAUUAUUUUGUAAAUAUUUACAUCUUCCAUAUUCGAGGAUUAUUUACUAGACACGUAUGUGCACAAGUCUUAAACUUAUAAUAUACAUAUGUAUGUACCUAUAUAGUUUUAUCUAAAUGUCUAAUAUGAAAAUGAUCCGCCAGAUUGAAGGUCACAGUUUAUGUAGUCCGGUGCGAAGUAAUCAUUAUUUAGUUUAUGUAGAAUCUACAUGUACAUUGUAGAUUAUUAAGUUGAUAUAUUUGUAACUGCAAUUACAUUUAUAAAAGAUAAUUUACUCACACCUGUCAACAUAAGUGAGACGAAUUUAAGUUCAAAUACUGAGCGUCACAUUUAGUUUAAUUGUUUGUGUUUAUUAUUGUUACCAAAUAUUAAUCUCGUAAAUAAUACGAGUACCUACGACUGCCUGCCUUCCUUCCACACACGCUAGAGGACGGAGCAUCCCGCCCCACCUGUGCAAAAUGCCGCAAGGAGGCUAUCGUGUUUUAUAUUACCAACUUCUUGUUGUAGUAUAACUCCAAACUCCAUGACUUUGUUAAACAUUCCUUAAAUUUAUUACACUUAAGCAUUGUAGAAAUAAUAAGAUAGUCUCUAAUUCGACUGAUACUUGUAUAAAUGAAGAUGGAUUGUGUAUAAGCAACGUUUUUGAACUCGCAUCAAGUACCUAAUGGAGAUCAAUGUCGUAGACGUGAAGUCGUGAACGUGCCUACACUGUAAAUACACAUAUUAUAUGUUGAAACAUUCCUUCCCUAGAUUUUAUUGCAGUUUUUGUGUGCCGGUAAAUACAAUAAAAACAGUGAAUGACCAUUUACAACUUUACCCUGCAAGUAUAAAGCGGUACAUAAACGGAAAGGAAUUUGAUAACUCGAGGUAUAAAAUUGAAGAAAUUUGAUCUUAAAAUAGAAUUAAGUACAAAAGGUUCAAUUUCUUAAUUUUUUCCCGCCAGUUAUCAACUUCUUCCCGCCGUGUACGGAAAGGUCGUCACUGAUCAAACAUUCAUCAAAUCAGUGAUAAUCAAGCAAUUAUUUAAUAUCUGAGUACUGCUCGUUUUUUCUAAUUAUGUAUAAUUUUUAAUUCAUCGUUCAAUAGGGUUAAAUGACACAAUUACCCUGCAGGGCGAAAAUGGCCGGUAUAACGGUACAAUGUAGGUAAUGGAAUUUCAUGCUCAGUAAUAUAGUUACGGCCAGGCAAAUCGAAUACACAUGUAAUGACGCACUUUAAUUGGUAAUAAGGUGUUACUGCCAUAACGCAGUAGUCCAGCAGGUAGAAAUUCCUUGUAACGGUCCUUAGAUUACGUCGUAAUUAAGGUCUGUUACAAGGAAUGUCUACCCUAGUUGAUAAAUUGAACAUAGGUUGUCUAGCUUAACCCGGAACGGAGUGGUGUCGCCCUUAUUGACAACCGACAUUGUGAUACCUUUAGUCUGACAACGUUAGGUACAUAUAGUAGGUAACCCCUAUAAAUUUAACAUGUUAAAUAUUUACAUCAUUACAUUAUUAUAUUUGUCAGGACUUACUCAUCUUCACCUUCAAUGCCUUUUAGAUUGUACGCUAGUAAACCAUGUUUGUCACUGUAAAAAGGUACGAAAUCGUACAUUGACCGUAACACUGUAAACAGGCUGUUAAGGAUUUCAAUGACACAAUUUUUAUUUUUUUCGAAAAUACAAGUAGUUAGGCCUUAAACAAAACAUCAUAGAUCUGAUUGUAACCUCUCUAAGUGUCUUGACUGUGCCUCAUGAAAUAGUUCCUUAUAUUGUUGAUGUAACUCGUUUGUAUUUUAUUUGUGUAGUAAGAAACUGCAUGUUAAAGAAGAAUAUUAAUAUUAUAUAUUAUGACGUUAAAUGAAAUUUAUACUGAAAUUUGAUUUAGGUAAUUUGAAUGUGUUGCUUGUUAAAGAAGUGGCUUUUGCUGGCAUUAACUUAGUAGAGCUAAAACGUACGGAAAUAUCCUUACGAUUGGUAUUUAUAAGUAAAUAAAAAAUAAACAUAUUAGCUGAUGCCAACAUUAGCCACACCAUCUUUAUCUUACACCGUGUAAAUAUUAUGUUAGCAAUGCUUUCAAUUAAAUAACUACACUCAA